AUGAGUUCGUUCUUGAAAAAACUCCUUCACAAAGAAAGACAUCAACUCAGUCGCAAUCACAUCAACAACCACGUUCAGCAACAACAACAACAUCAGCAACAACAACAAUACAUACAGCAACAUCAACAAAGUGACGACUACUAUUACAACAUGUUCCUACGACGACAUUCUCAACAACGACAACGAAUUGAAUCAGCUCUGCUCAAGUGCGUGCCAACAAAUGAUUACGAUUACUUCAACAAACAUCAACAACAACCACAACGACGACAUCAACAACCACAACAACGACAUCAACAGCCACAACAGCUACAGCCGCAACAGCGUAGAUUUAUCAAACAACAACAACAAUUGGCACGUUUCAACAACAACAACAACAACAUGACCAGUACAGCCCUCCAGCCAACCGCCUCAGACAUCGUAUCGAAUAACGGCCAUUACUUUCAUCUACGCCACUUCGUCUGCUGCCACUGUCACGUGACACUUGCCGGAAGUGAAUGCGUCAUCGCCCAAGAGAAAAGAUCAUCAAUCGGUGUCGGUAUAAACAGAAACAAUGGGGAUUACCACUACAACUACAACAGCAACAGCAGUAACUUCAACAACCACAACGACUACUACAACAUCGGCAGCUAUUGCAGCUUCGAUAAUAACCACAGUAACAGCAGCCAUUAUCGAAGUAUCGAUGAAAUAAAUGCAAGAUAUUUUAGCAUGGAUCGUCGUGAAGUGGUUAACAGCAACAACAACAUGAUAUAUCAGUACAACAACAGCAGUAACACAAACGAAUACAAAUUUAGCAUCUGUUGUUUGCAAUGUUACGAUGUUCACCACGCAAAACGUUGUUCGUCCUGUUCAAAAGCCGUUCUCACGGACACAAACUACUUUCAAGUGAACGAGAAUAGCGUUUGGCAUGCCGAUGGUUCGUGCUUUCGAUGUCAAACAUGUACUGCCUCGCUCAUGGGGAGGAAAUUUUUUACGAAAAUGAAAUCAGCCAGGUCUAAUUAUGAUGAGGCUAGUAAUGCAGAUGACGGUCGUCAUCACCUGAACGGUGGCUACAACGUCAUCGUCACAUUGGUGUUCUGCAGCGAGGUUUGUGCCGGCCUGGAUGGAUUGAUGAAUGAUGAAGAGGAUGAUGACGUUGGUGGUGGUCUGCAGCCACUAUCAUUAUCAGGACUUCCUGUAUCACUAUCAGGACUUCCAGUAUCACUAUCAGGACUUCCAGUAUCACUAUCAGAACUUCCAGAAUCAUCAUUACCAAAAAUUUCAUCAUCAUCAUCAUCAUCACUGACACUACCGUCAUCAUCAUCAUCAUCACAACCUUUGUUAUCAUUACCGACGCCAACAAUCUCAACGACAGCAGCUUCAUCUUUGACGUCUUCAUCUGCACAGUCGGAGCAGCAGCAACUAAGCCAGCAACAGCCACAUCAGCAACAACAAAAACAACAACUUCAGUUGAUGUUGUCCCAGAAACGAAAGAUCCAGCAACAAACAUUAUUGAUAUUGCAAAAACAACAAAACUCUAUCAGAAACAAACAACAGCAACAAAGGCUACAGCACCAGCAACAACUUCAACUACAACAACAUACAUGUGAAAAAACGCAACAAAACGCUUUAGCAAGCAUAACGGCUUCCAUUAACCUCAUGGAAAUAAUUUUCAACAAUUUCCAAAGUAGAGCGCAAAAUUUUAAUAAAAGUGACAACAACAUCAUCAUCAACAACAACAACAGCAACAAUAAUAAUAAUACUUUUGAAAACAUAAACAACAACAAAAACAACAACGUAGACAGUGUGACUAUGACGACGGCUGCAACAACUACAACAACGUCAUAUCAAUUACCGUCACUGUCACUUGUAGCGACUUCAACAACGUCAACGGAGUCGCAACAGCAACAACAGCAGCAGCAGCAACAACAACACCAACAACAACAGCUGCAACAACAACAACAACACCAACAACAACAGCAACAACAACAACAAUCAUUCCUAUCGACACCUCAGCAGCAGCAGAAGCAGCAGGAAACGCCAACGCCACGAAUUUUAACCCGCGAAAUCGUCAGACGACUGACUUUCAGUAAUAUUUCUUAUGAUUAUAAACCAAACCGUCGAUCGUCAACAUCAUCAUCAUCAUCAUCGCCAUCUUCAUUAUCAUCAGCAUCAUCAUCAUCGCCACCUUUACAAUCAUCAUUAUCAUCACCAUCUCUAUCGUCGUCGUCGUCGUCAUCAUCACCGGUCUUGGAGUUCUCGCAUUUGGUUGAACAGGAUGGCAAUGUCGCCAAUAAACUUGUUUAUUUUUGA